AGGCAAAAAAGAUCAAAUGAAAAAAAAUAAUUUGACCAACACUGUGGAUGAGCGCCUGCUGUUCCACGGCACAAACCAUGUCGACAUCGAUGCCAUCUGCAGACAGAACUUCGACUGGAUUAUUUGUGGCACUAAUGGCAUUGCAUAUGGAUUCGGCAGUUACUUCGCAAGGGAUGCGUCAUACUCCCACAAAUACUCCCCACCCACCUCAACGGGAAAACGGACCAUGUUUGUAGCUCAUGUUCUUGUGGGCAGUUUUAUUGAAGGAAAUCCCACUCUGAUACAACCACCGCAGAAACACGGAAGAACUCAGAGAUAUGACUCCUGUGUGGAC